AAAAGGAAGCUUAAAGAAAGCAGAACAGUAUAAUGAGGUUUUUAUUAAAAAAAUUUAUGUGCCUUUCGUUAAAUAAAAAAUGAGAUUCAGCAGCUAAGACUUAAAUGCUUAAAAAAGGAAUUUGCCUAGCAUCCCCACCUUAAGUAACCUGGAAGAGGGAAAAUCAGUCGGCGAUGGUAUAAACCCACAGCAAACGCUGCGAGCUCAGGGCUGAGGAGGCGAGGCAGCGGUGCGGGGUGUCGGGCCGGCGAGAGGUCGGAUGAACAGGCCGGGGCCGCCGGCGGGAGAUGAAAAGGGAACACGGAACCAAAUCCCGGUAGCGGAUUAGGAGUAAAGGAUGAUGGCUUCUAUCUCUGAGCGCACGUUCAUCGCCAUCAAGCCUGAUGGAGUCCAGCGGGGACUGGUGGGAGAAAUCAUCAAGCGGUUUGAACAGAAAGGAUUCAAACUGGUGGCCAUGAAAUUAGUACACGCCUCCGAAGACCUUCUGAGAGAACACUACAUUGACCUAAAAGACCGGCCGUUCUAUGAUGGUCUGGUGCAGUAUAUGCACUCUGGACCUGUUGUAGCUAUGGUGUGGGAAGGUCUUAACGUGGUUAAGACUGGAAGAGUGAUGCUGGGGGAAACUAAUCCAUUCGAUUCAAAGCCUGGCACUAUUCGUGGUGACCUCUGCGUUCAAGUUGGAAGGAACAUCAUUCAUGGAAGUGACUCUGUAGAAAGUGCUGAGACAGAGAUCAGUUUAUGGUUCACUCCUGAAGAACUGGUUGAUUACAGAAGCUGUGCUCAUGAAUGGAUCUAUGAGUAAAACUGAGCCUAUACCUGCUGGUAUCCUUACGGUCUGUAAGCAGCUGCUAGCCUCUAGCUGUUUCAAAGCCCUUCCUAUAAAGUGGUAGAAACCUGUCUCAGAAAUCGGUGAGAUUGCUCUGUUGUGAACAUUAAAUAUAGUCAGUGUUUGCUGCUGCUUUGGUUAAAAAGCUGUCAAGUUAUAGAUGGAAUUGUACUUUUAAAAAGCUGCUUCUGGGGGUGAGAGAUAGGAGAUUAAAACACAGAGCGUAUAACACAUAUAUUUUCCUGAAACACUCUGUAGUCAAAGAGGAUAGUUUGGUAAAUAGAAAAAAAAAUUGGUAAAAAUUUAUUUGGUAAAUCAUUAUGCAAAUGGCUCAGUGUCAAAGGUUAAUUUUGUUAAAAUGUGAGGGGACAACUGGUGGUAUGUAAAUAUAUUGAUAGUGUGCCCAAAUGUUGAGGAUUGAACUUGAUAUCAAGCAAAUCCCCAUUCCCAAAAUGGCUGCAGAAAAAAAGCUUAUUUAUUUCUCUCUCCAGAAUGUGCUGUGCCUGUACACAGAGCAUAGCUUUGAUGAAAAUGAGAACUUUCCUCGAGGUUGACACUGUUUCAACUUGCUUUUUUUCCCCCCCACAGGAUUUAUUUAGCAUUUUAAGGAAGGAUUAAUAGGCCAGGCUUUCUGAAAUGCCCUUUUAUGUGAAAAGAAGAUUAAUGUGAGGAUGGAUGAGGGAGAUCUACCUUCAGCCACUUUACUGUAGCAGUCCCCUAACAUUGCACAGAGCAACAACAGAGUGAUGUUUGCUUUACUGGCUGAACAGCUGAUAAUUUAGCUAUGUCCUUAUUUGUGUUCUUUCCUUAAUAGUUGGAACUCCAAAGCAAGCUGUUCUUGGAUAAGGUAUUUCAGAAGUGAUUUUAGCAUUAUUUUUUUUAUUUAUUUAAUCAUGUAAAGAAAUACAGUCAUAAUAAUGCUAAAUGUAUUUCAGUAGAGGUGUCUGCUUCUAUCAGAGAAAACUAUCAGCCUCUUGCAGAAAUUUUCACAACAAAUACUCACUAGCUAUACCACACGAGGAACAAGAAAUGUGUUGGGGUCAAUAUUAUGUAUUUAUUUACCUGCAACAUUGUAUUCAUUAAAAGCAAGAGUUUCAUUAAAUUAGUUGUUCAAACUCCUAGAUUGUUUUCCAACGGUGAGUUCUUGUUUCAAAUACUAAACUGUGCAAUGAAUGAUGAAUUCAAUGCUUACAACACUUUAUGAAGAUAUCUAACUAACUCCUAAAAAGAGAUGGUACA